AAAAGGGCUUUUCUUUCCCUUCUCUCACUUCUCUCUCUCUCUUCUCAUUUUUUUUAGACCGUUACAAUCCGAAAUCAUUUAAUAUUUUCAAAGUAGAGAAAAGCUGAACCAGAUAAACUAGAGAAACAAUUAAUAAUCUCAACCAAAACUCUGCAAUCAAUACUGAAAACGGAGCCCGACCUCGAAUUCCUCAGCAAUGGCAGACACCAACGGCUCUUUACUACUACAAACCCACCAUCAUCAUGCAGACCCUGCACCUCUUCAUUCUCUUCUCCAUUCUCUCGACCCCAUCUCUCUCAUACUCUCUCAGAAUUCUCACUCAGAACAGCCCGUUUCACUGAAACUCACAACAGAGAGCUACAUCAUGGAGAGAGGACCACGAUACACGGCCUACGCGGAGCUCAGAGAAUCGAGGCUCAGAAUGAAGAACGCGAGGCCACCCCAGCAAGAACUCGAUGAGCCAGAAUUCAAACUCACCCCACAAAAGAAACAAGUCAGGUUUCAGACUAGUUCCACUACCACUACUACAGGUAGCCGAAAAGGGUCCUCUUUUGUGGCUCAAUCGGUGCCGGAUUUCUCUGCCGUCUUGAGGAAAGAGAACCGGAAGCCAUCAAAUCUUCCGCCGACGAUGGAAAUGACUCCUCCAGGGAAGACUUGGUCUAAGGUUGGGAGUAAGGUUCUGACGAAUUCGAGAGGGAGCAAGUCAGCGAAUGGUGGGGAUAAGAAGAGUUUAAUGACGAGAAAGAGCUAUGCGAGUCUUGAGGAGUUGAAAGGGCUUUCUUCGGCGGCGUCUAAUGCCAUCAAUGGCGAGAACAGAGCUAUUCACAGAGGUGGCAGACAAACUGUUUUGGCGUACAGAGCGUUUUAAUAAAAUUCGUCAAUUUGUCAUUUGGGUUGUGAUUUUGAUUGAUGAUUGAUUCUACUAUUCAAUUUUUUUUCUUCUUUUGUUUCCUUUGGAGGGGGUUAUUUCAUAUUUUGAUUGUUUUUUUUUUUAUAGUUUGAUUACCACUAUUGUGAUCUGUAAAAAGAGCUUUGGGAGAUCUCAGUUUUCGGAUAUUAUAAUAUAGUAAGGGAAAAAGUGAUGAUUGGUUUUAUUAA